CGAAGAACUUGAAAAAAUUGAUAAUGAAACAGGCUCUAUUAUUUGUGAAAUAAGAUUGGAGGAAUGUGGAAAAAAUAUUGUUCCAAAAUCUGUUCAAGCUCUUAUGAUAGCGCAUAAAGAAAAUAAAUUAGCAUUAUAUAAUGCUAAUCAUAAUGUUAAACAGUUAAAGACAAAAAUUACAUAA